AUGCAUUUCAAAAAGGGAAAGGAUUUGAAGUGUCCUCAUCCGAAGUUCUCUUUUCCUUGGACCUCUCAAUCUCGUGUUUAUAUUGAAGCAUGCAUUCGAGUUUCUUUCUUCUGCAGCUUACGCAGCUUGUAUAUUCAUGAUUCUGGUUUGUGUUCAUGUUCGAAUCUCAUGUCAUCGUUACAUCUUUCAGCCAGGAUUUGCUUGCCAAAGGGCCUGAGUGUUGAAACUGCAAAAGAGGAAGAAGAUGAGGACAGUAGAGAGAUCAAAUUCGACGUGAUGGAAGGCGAAAAGUGGUGCCUGAUCACAGCUAUUCCUCCUUGCAAGAUUAUGUGUCCAAGCUGA